UUUUUCAGCAUGAAGGACCUUCCUGCAGAAAACAUUUCAUUCACAGACUUCAAAAUGAUUGGUUUCUACAGCCUAAGAGAAUGGAGGCCUUUUUUAUUUAUCCCUUUCUUCCUGAUGUUUUUAUUGGCUAUCACAGCAAAUUCUAUUCUCAUAUAUUUAAUCAUCACUCAAAAAUCUCUGCAUUCUCCAAUGUAUGUACUAAUUGGUCUUAUGGCAGUUGUAGACUUGAUAUUGCCUAUAUUUUUUGUACCUAACAUGCUUCUUAACUUUUUGUUUAAUUGGAGUGGGAUAUCUUUAACAGGUUGUUUGAUACAAAUGUUUUGCAUUCAUUUUGUUGCAACAUUUCAGUCCACUUUGCUUUUGUGGAUGGCACUGGAUCGUUACUUUGCAAUAUGCAAACCUCUUAAUUAUCACAAAUACAUGGAAAUCCCUAACUUUCUAAAGUAUGUUGUUAUACCAUUAAUCAGAAAUUUAUUCCUGGUGGUCACCAUAGUCUCUCUGGCUGGAAAACUGUCAUUUUGUUUAACAAAUGUGAUCGAUCACUGUUUUUGUGAGCACAUGGCAUUAGUUCAGUUAGCAUGUGGUGAUAUAUCUGUUAAUAAUAUUGUAGGACUUUUGUCUGCUUUCCUUAUAGCAACUGCAGAUUUUAUUCUUAUCAAUAUUUCUUACAUUCUGAUUUUUACCUCUGUGUUCAAAUCUGGCAAAACUAACAUGAAGGCCUUAAACACCUGCAUUACUCACAUCAUUGUUAUGUCAUUUACUUUGACUUUUGCCUUGAUUGCAUUUUUGUCAUACAGAAUAAGAAAUAAUUUUUCUCCCAGUAGUCGUGUAUUUGUAAGCACAAUGUACUUACUUUUUCCAAGUUGUUUUAACCCAAUUAUUUAUGGAGUGAGAACAAAAGAAAUAAGAGAAACAUUUCUAAAAUUUAUAAAAAAGUGAAAAGGGU